AUGAAAAUUUUAAUAAUACUUUUAAUAAUUAUACAAUUGAUAAAUAAUGCAACAGUUGCUUAUAAUUAUAAUAGCAGACAAAAUAAAAACAACAAUAGUUUUAAAUAUUAUCAUUACCCACAUUUUAAUCAACACUUUUCAUUUUCUCCAACCUCUUCAUUAAAUAAUUCAUAUAGCAAUAAUAUAAAUCAUGAUAGCAAGUGCAAAGUUUUAUCAAAAUCAAUCACUAUUUAUGACGAUUAUUUAAAUAGUGAUUAUAUAAAUCUUAGCAAUAACGAUAUCAAUAGAGGAUAUUUAGAAUCAUUUACACUUGAAAAUCAAAUACCAACAUUUUCAAAUUCAAGAUAUUCAAUUAAAAUUAAUAACACAUUUAGUAUCAAUGAUAAAAUCCAAUUUAUUUCUCCCCAUAAUCUAUUUAAUUCAAAAAAUGUUAAGGAAUUAAAUUUUAAAAUUUAUUUACCAAAUAAAAUUACUACAAAAAUAAAUAUUCAAUUAAUUAAUAGUAUUAAUAAUUUUUGUGGAGAAAGAAUACCGAUUUUAUAUACAAUUGAAGACAAUUUUAAAGGAAGUCCACCAUAUCAACAAUGGUUAAAUGGAAGAGUUUUAUUAAAAAAAGAAGAUGCAAAUUUUUAUAAUGGUUUUCGAAUUUUCACUGAUUCAAUUUCAAUAAAUAAUGAAUGGAUUGAUGAAUUUUAUCUUGACAAUUUCAAAUUAAUAUAUAAUAAUUAUAGUAAUAAUAAUAGCAAAUGUAUUGAUAGUUAUAAAAAUAAUCAAAAUAUCAACAUAAACCAUAUAUAUAAUAAUCACCAAGAAUUUUUUGAAAAUAAAAUAAAUAGAAAAAUAUUAGAAUUAAAUUUAGAAAAUAAUGAUAAUAAUAAUAUAUUAGUCAAUAAAUAUUUUUUAAAGUUAUCAAACAAAGAUAUUUUAUUGGGUGGAAAAAAUGGUGAUUUUUCAGUUUAUUCAAAUGAUUUUUAUGGUAAAGAAGAAAAAUGGGAAUUUGAAAAUAAUAGUUUUUUAGAAGAAUAUUCAAAUGGAAAUAUAGUGUUAAAAGGAAUAAUAAUCAACAGAAAUAAUUUAUGUAAUAAAUGGAAAGUAAAUUUAGAAUUUCUUCCAAUUUCAAAUAAACAAAUCAGUGUUCAUUCAAGAAAAGAGUUAUCAUCUUUUAGUUAUGUUGAAAAUGGAGGCAAUAUCGACUCAAGUAAAUGGAGUUAUUAUAGGUUAGUCAAUAACGAAAUUAGUUAUUGGGAAGGUUUAGAAUGCAAUGAAAACAGGUUUUAUACUUUUUCAAAUCCACAACCAAAUAUUCUAACAACCCAAGUUGGUUUUGGUGCAAAUAAUAAGAAUUCAAAUUUUGGUUUAUCUACCACUUUAUUUUUACAUCAAAACAUUUUAAUUGAAAUAAAUAUAGAUUUGCAAGAAUCUCCAAUACAGAAUACAAACACAAAUAUAAACUAUAAUACUUGUGAAUAUCUUCAGUGUCCCAAUGGAUUUAAAUGUUUUUUAAACAAUCAAACCGGUGAAAGAGAAUGUAAAUUAAUGGCAUAUCAUAUCGAUGAUAAAGAUGACCAGAGUUGUUCAAGUUUAAUCUGUCCAAAUGGUUACAGUUGUAGUUAUGAAAAAGAAACAAAUAUUAAAAGCUGCAUUAAAGAUAUAGGUCCAUUUAACAAAGACGAUUGUUCAGUAGUUGAGUGCCCAAAAGGUUAUGGUUGUUGGUUUAAUUCUACAGAUGAAACUCUAAAUUGUAAAGAAAUUGGAGAGGAAAACCAUUGUUCAGAUUUCAAAUGCCCACAUAACCAACAUUGUGUAUAUGAGCAAUCACAAAGAAAAUGUGCUCCAAUUAUUAAUAAUGAUUAUACUUGUAAAAAUGUUAAAUGUCCACACAACCACCAAUGUCAAAUUAAUUCAAAUGGUUUACCAAGAUGUUAUCCAAUUAUAGAUCCAUGCAAAUAUAAAAAUUGUAGACCUGGAAAAGAAUGUAGGGUUACACCUUGUGGUGAGGCAAAGUGUUUUUACCCAGAAGAAUGUUGUGAGGGUAAAUAUUGCCCACCUGGUUACAAAUGUGUUAAAUAUAAUGGCAUAGACGAGUGUAUAGGUUUACCUCCACCAAUUAUAGUCAAUAAUUGUGACGAUAUCUCUUGCCCAAUCAACUUUACCUGCAUAGACAUUAAUAAAGGAACUGGUAAUUUUACUCCAUUUUGUGUACCAACAGAAGGUUCUUGCCAAUCUUAUACAACAACAUUUGAUAUAGAAGGUUUUAUAUGGAUAGAUAAAAAUGGUGAUGGUAUUAAAAACAAAUAUGAACAUGAAUUUGGUACAAAUCUUUUCAUUAGAUUAUUAAAUAAUAUUGACAAUACACCUGCAAGAAAUACCUUUGGUAAUAUUAUCCCAAUUUCUGUAACUGAUGAAAAAGGCCAUUUUAUUUUUAGUGAUGUUCUACCUGGUACAUAUGUUAUAAAUUUUGGAAAAAUAAAAGGAUUCCAUUGGGCAAAAACAGAUAAUAGUUGGGUUAAUCUAGAUGGUUAUUCCCCUCCAUUAGAAUUACCACAUUAUAGCCCAGGUGAUACAAGAUUCUUAUUAGAUGGCACUCCAGUAACAUCGAAAUACCUCAGUAAAAAAGUAAUAUUCCCAUCGCCAACUGUUAAAGACUACAAUAAAAUGCUGUCAAUCCAUGAAAGAAAUAAUAAUGCUCUUACACCACUCCCAGAAAACUUAUUGGGUAUUCCAACAAAUGUUUGUCCUACUCAUUUUGUAGUUGGUGGUAUUUUUGCCGGUCUAGUUCCAAAAAACCCACAUCCAUCACCCACUCCAUCACCAACUCCAUCAUCAACUACAACAUCACCAACAACUCCACCAACCCCAACACCCUCACAUAAUGAAAAUGGUUUGUUCGCAAUUGGAAAAAGAAUAUUUUUCGAUUAUAAUAAUAAUGGUGUCUUUGAUCAAAAUGAUAUUGGAGCCUCCAAUGUAAUGGUAACAUUGUUAAAUCAAGAUGGUUCUCCAGCCAAAUAUAAUAAGGGUAACAUGGUUCAACAGGUUACUACUGACUCGAAAGGUUAUUACUUUUUCGAUUCGUUACCAAGUGGAGAUUAUAUGGUACAAUUGGGAAAUUUACCACAAUCUUUUUCAUUAUCACCCUAUAACAAUUAUCCAUUAUCAAAAGAUGAAAAUAUAAGUAAAAUAUUCAAUUUAAAAAAAGAUAGCAAGGGUGUUGUUUUAGGAGAAUUGGGCGUAUAUCCAAGAUCUAUAUUUGCUCAAUAUAUCAGACCAGAUGUCGAUUUCGCUUUAGUUUCAGAUUUACCUUUGUUUGCUGUUGGUGAUACAGUUUUUUAUGAUCAAAAUAAAAAUGGUAUUCAAGAUUCAAAUGAAAAAGGUAUAAUGGGUAUUCCAGUAAAAUUAACCUCCAAAACUACAAAUAAAUCAUAUACCACAGUAACAGAUUCAGAUGGUCAUUAUUUAUUUGAUAAUGUGCAAGAGGGAUCUUAUUUUUUAUCUUUCAAGUUACCAAAUGGUUAUUCAACAACAAAUAGUUUUGCAACUUUAUCAAGAGGUGAAUAUAAAACUCAACCAUUUACACUCGAUAAAAAGUUGCCUCCAACAUCAAGUAAAAAACCAUACAAACCAAUAACAGCCCCACGUUUUGAUGAUACCAAAGACUUGCCAUUGUUUUUCCCCAAUUCAUUUGGAAUUGGACAUGUUACAUUCAUCGAUUCAAAUAUGGAUGGAGUUUUUACAUAUGGAACUGACAAACCGCUACCAGGUGUUAAAGUUUCUCUAUUAAAUUCAAAUAAUCCAAAAGAACCAGUAACAAAUGUUUUUGGACAAGUUGUCGAGUCGGUUUCAAGUAAUGUAAAUGGAAUUUAUUACAUUGAUAAUUUGAAACCUGGUGUUUAUAGAGUAAAUUUUGAACCACCAAAAGGAUAUCGUCUAACAAAUUUACCUAAAAGCUUUUUAUCAUUACCAGAUAUGGGAUCUUUAGCAUUACCAGAGUCCUCUCAAACAAAUCCUUUGGAUAUUGAGAAAGUUUCAAAGUCAACAUCGACCGCUUAUAAACAAAUGGGUGUUAAUGCUGCAAAAAUGUUUAUUGGUGCCAAUGCAGGUUAUUUUGUUCCUCCAACCAUUUCAGUAGGUACUUUUGUUUGGUACGAUAAAAACUUUAAUGGUAUAUAUGAUCAAAAUGAACAAGGUGCCCAAGGAAUUACCAUUGCCCUAUAUGAUUCAAAAGGAAAUCAAGCAAUUGAUAUUAACGGAAAUUUAGUAGCUCCUCUUCAAACCGAUUCAAAUGGUUAUUAUUUAUUUACAAAAAUCCCUGAAGGAUCAUAUUAUGUGGCAUUUAAAAAUAUUCCAAAUGGAUUACGUUUAACUGAUCAAAGAGUAUUAUCAGGUUUAUCGAGUGCUAUUGAUUCAGCUCCAAAUCCCAACACUGGUUUUACAAAUAUAUUCAAAAUAUCAGUAGAUGAUCCAAAGGUCAGACAAACUCUUCCAGAAGACAAUUCACCCGACUUUUACAUUAAUGACAUAGAGAAUGCCGGUUUAAUAUUAGGUAACCAAGCAAGACCAAAUCGAUAUGCUGUUGGUAGAUAUGUUUAUUAUGAUGAUAAUAGAAAUGGUCUACUAGAUGAUGGUGAAGGUGGUGUAGAGAAUAUUAAAGUUCAAAUUUUAUCUUUAAAUGGGCAACCUGCUUUAGAUUAUAGGGGAAAACCAAUUCCAGCAGUUUAUACAGAUUCAAGUGGGAAAUAUAUUAUUGAUAAUCUUGCAGAAGGAUCUUAUCAACUUCAUUUUUCUAACCUACCAAAUACUUAUAAUUUUGAAAACCUUCCUUCUCCUUACCCAAGUUUUUUAAAUGGCAAAACUGGAAUAUUUACUCUAUCACCUAAAGUUACAGUUCAAACAUCAAAAUUAAAAAAAUCUAAAAAAUUUUUGUUAAUGGAAAAUGAUGUUUCAAGUGAUGCAAAUAAUGUGGCAACAGCAAUAGCUGAUAUAUUCAAUCCUUUAACAGGCUCAAACACAAAUCCAAAUGGAGGUUCAACCUCUAUUGAGGGGAAUAAAUCAAGUGAACAUCAAUCAUCUUCAUCUUCAUCGACAGCAUCUUCAUCAUCUUCAUCAUCUUCAUUCGUUGGGGUACCUGUGGAUCAAUCUUUAGAAGAGUUUCCAAUAGAUCAAUAUAGCCCAUUUCUUGAGUCUAUAGAAGGUACUACACCUUUGGAUGCUAUUGAGGCAAAUAGAACUGAUUUAACUAGAAAUGCAGCUUUAGUAAGAAGUCCAGCUUAUGCAUUUGGGCAAAUAGUAUUUUAUUUAGAUGCAAAGGGAGAGCAAAUUGGUGUUCCAGGUGUUACAGUUACUCUUAAAGACUCCUCAGGUGAUCCAGUAACAAGUAUUCAAGGAAAACCAUUAGACCCUACUAAAACCGAUUCAAAAGGUCAAUAUCGUUUUAAUCAAUUAAGAGCGGGUACAUAUCAUGUAGAAUUUAGUAAUAUUCCCCCAGGUUUCACAUUCUAUGAUCCAAUUACUGGUGUUAUUGAUUUCGAUUUGGUAAAUCUAAAUAAGGAUGUUCGUGGUACGUUACCAGCAGAUAAAGUUCCAAGAUCAGUUUAUUAUAAUCCAAAGAUCAAUUUACAAUUAGUUCCACCUUAUUUUUUUGCAAUAGGAAAUCAAGUUUGGAAUGAUACAAAUAAAGAUGGUCUUUAUCAAAUAGGUGAACCAUUUAUCCCAAAUGUUACUGUUAUACUUGCUUCUGGAAAUGGUGAUUACGUAUUAGAUCACUUUAGCCAACCAGUUCUCCCAACAAGAACUGACCUAAAUGGUGAAUAUUUUUUUGACUAUCUUCCAGAAGGUUUUUAUACCGUCCAAUUUGAAGCACCCUCAAGACAUUAUUUUACUAAUCAAUUAGUACCAAUUGAUAAAAGUGAUCCAAAUUCAUUCAACUCAUAUCCAAAUAGUCAAGGUUUAACAGGUAAAAUUGAACUUUCUGCAUCAAAAUAUUUAGAAGCUCCUCCUUCGAAAUAUAAAUCAAUAAUUAAAGCAUUAGUUGUAAACUUUCAUAUUGAUGCUGGUAUAGUUUAUGAUGUCCAUUAUGUACAAUCUUAUGCUGUUGGUCGUUAUGUUUUCAAAGAUUCAAAUGAUAAUGGUAUAAUGGACAGUGACGAAAAAGGAGUUUCAGGAGUUCAAGUGGAUAUCUAUACUCCAAAUGGAGAAUCAGUUAAAAAUUUAGAUGGAAAAAUUGUAAAACCAACUGUAACCGAUGAAAAUGGUUUUUAUAAAUUCGAUAUGCUCACUUCAGGUACUUAUGUGAUCAAAUUUAGCCAAAUUCCAAAAGAUUUAAUGUUUGGAAACAAAACAUUGCCAGACCCAAAUACCGGUGUUACUCCAUCAUUUUCAUUAUUCCCAGCAAUUCCAAAUGUACGUCUUUCUACACCUGAUGAUGGAGUUUUGGCACAAGCUGUCGACUUUAACAAAAAUGCAGGUUUAAUUGAUGCAGUUUCUUUUGCAAUGGGUCAUUAUGUUUGGUUUGAUAUCAAUUUGAAUGGAAUUAUGGAUGAAGAUGAACCUCCUGCCACAGAGUUUACAAUUGUUCUUUACAAAUGCAAUAUUACAGAUAUUGAUGUUGAUUGCAAUGUCGAUUAUAACAAUUUUACAUCAACUGAUGAAAAGGGUUUUUAUUAUUUUGACAAAUUAGAUCCCGGUGUUUAUAAAUUAUAUUUUUGGAAUGCAUUAAAAACAUAUCAAGUUACAACACCAAAUCAAGGUGAUGGUACAAAUGAUAGUAAAGCUGUAAAUGAUAUAAUAGAUAGUAUAUUUUUAAAUAUUUUCAAUCCAGAUGUUACCUUGACAAAUCCAAAUUUAGAUGGUGUUGUGCAAGCCCAAUAUAUAGACAGAAACUUAAACAUUGGUUUAAUGAAGCCUUCUAUGUUCAGUGUUGGAUAUAAAGUUUGGUAUGAUACAAAUAGAAAUGGUAUAAUAGAUCAAAAGGAAUUACCUGUAGAAAAUGUAACAGUUUCAUUAAGACAUCUAAAGAGUAAAACUAAAGAUUACUCAUUUGAUAUCUAUGGAAACCCAUUAGUUGCCAUAACCAAUAGUACUGGUCAUUAUUGGAUUAACAAUGUUUUACCAGGUUUCUAUGUUGCAAAAUUCUCUAAUCUCCCUGAUGAUACCAGAUUUACAGUUCAAUUAAAUGACAACGUAGCAAAUGCAUAUGGCUUAACAGGAACAAUAAAUUUAUUUUAUAACUCAUCAAAAGUCCAUCCAUAUAAUCCUUAUAUAGAUAUAGGAUCCGAGAAUGCAGAUUACGUAUACGCAAAAGUAAAUGCGGGUAUAUUAAAAGGAAAAACGGAUAUUUAUUUAUACUCAGUAAGUGGUUAUGUUUAUUAUGACGUAAAUAAAAAUGGAAUCAAAGAUCCAAAUGAAGAUACUGUCAACGGAACUCGGGUAACUUUAUUAGAUUUAAAUGGUGGUCCUAUGAUUGAUGCAGAUUCUUCUCAAAUUCAACCAUAUAUCACAGGGCCAGAUGGUUAUUACAAAUUUGAUGGAUUUUUAAAAGGAGAAUAUCAAAUUUCGUUUGAAGGUGUUCCAAGUGUGAAAUAUCAAUUUUAUAGUCCUCUCGAUCAACAACAUUUAAAUCACUCAGUUCUAGAUAAAGUAGUAGUUUCAUUGCCUGAAAAUAAAAAUGUUGUAAAUGUUACUGAUGAUAAAGUUAAUGCUGUAUUUAUUUUAAGACAACAAAAUGCAGGUAUUAUUAAACUAAUAACAUAUGCAAUUGGUAGAAGAGUUAUUCCAAAUUAUUAUAAUACAACUUUACAAGAUUCAGGAUUUAAGGGUGGUGGUAUUUCGGUUUCAUUAUAUCGUAAUAAUGCUGUUGCAACCUAUGUAGAUGGCACUCCUAUUCAACCAACAAUAACAGAUAAUAAUGGAUAUUAUUAUUUUGAUAAUGUACCAAUUUUAGAAGGUUAUCAAGUAAUGUUUUAUAAUUUACCAGAUGGUUGGAUGUUUGAGAAGUUCAAAAACUCUUUAAAUCCUUUCAUUUCUUUCGAAACUUUACAAACUUUUAAUUUACCAAGAUCCAGACCAAUCCCAAUCAAUAAAACUGAAUAUCCAAACCUAGAUGCAACAUAUGGCUGUUUAGAUCAAAAUACUUAUAUAGCUCCAAUUUUAUUCGGUAUUGGGGACGUUACUUUUGUAGAUGUUGAAGGUUCAGGUAUCCAAGCUGUUCCAAAAAUCCCAUUACCAGGAGUUACAGUUAAAUUAUUAACAUCAGAUUAUAAACCUGCCGUCAAUGCAUUUGGAAUUACUGUAGAAUCUCAAAUAACAGGGCAAUUUGGAACUUACAAGUUUAUGGAUUUAUAUCACGGUAGAUAUAUUGUGCAUUUUAGUUUAGUUAAGGGUUAUUCAUAUACUCAACCUUUCUCUGGUGAGGAUGUAACUUUAGAUUCAAAUGUAAAUCCUGUUGAUGGCUAUACUAAUGUUAUAGAUUUAGAUGUUAACGAUCCAAGUAUUAUUAUGAUUCCAUUAGAAACUAGAAAUUUAACAUUGGUUUGUGACACCUCAGUUGAUGCUGGUUAUGUAUCUCUCUCGCCAAAAGGUUAUAUUAGUGGUAUGACUUACAUCGAUUACAAUGCAAAUUAUAAAUUUGGAUCAUAUGAUAAGCCGGUUCAAGGAAUUACUGUCUCUCUUUAUACAGGCGAUAAUUCAGAAUUAGUUGCCACUACCAAAACUGAUAAAAAUGGAUUCUAUUCUUUUUCAGAUUUAUUUAUUAGUUCACAAUACCAAGUAGUAUUCUCAGGUAUUCCACCAGGUUAUUACCCAUUAGGUGAUACAGUACAAUUUCCAGUAGCAUCAAAAACUGGUGUUAAUUUAGGUAUAAUUUAUCCCACCGAUUUUUGCCAAGAUGAAAUUAAAAUAUUUAUAUCAUGUUUCGUCAAAGGUGAUACAAAUAAAGACGUUCCAGUAGCAGUUAGUUUCCCUUAUGGUUCAUUUUCAGAUUUAAAUAACGAUUAUGGAGACAAAGAAGAAAUCCUCACACUUUCAGACACUAGAACAAUUUAUGGUGUAGGAUAUGAUCGUAAACAAAAUUACCUCUAUGUAUCUCCAUAUAAAAAACAAUUUGCCAGUAUAAGUCCUCAAACAGCUUCAUCUAUUUUCCGUAAAAAUUUAUCAACAGGCCAAGUUUCAGUGUAUACAGAUUUAGCAAAAAUAUUUGGUUUUGAUUUUUUAGCUCCCCAAGGCAGAACUUCAGGAGAUUCACUUACAUAUAGAAUUUUAUUUGGUGAUUUAGAUAUUGUUGGAGAUUAUAUUUGGGUGACUAAUUUAUAUCGUAAUAUUGUUGUUAAAAUUCCACUCCGUGAAACUCCAACUAAAGAUAAUAUCAAAUUAAUCAAUAUUACUCAUGAUUGUGGGGAGAAUGGACCAUGGAGAAUUUUCGGUUUAGGAUGGGAUGGUAAUAAUAUGUUUGUAGGAGGUGUUUGCGAAUGUUCAGAAUCAUUUAAUCAAUCAGCUUUAGUUGGGGUUAUAAAAAAAAUUAACAAUGACGAAAAAACCACCACCGAUGCCUUAGUAAUUCCACUAAAUUAUCCAAGAGGUCGUUUACAAACUAGAAUUAUGUAUCUCAGUGAUCAAACUCCAAUUUUUUCAUCAGUUCAAAAUUCAACAUGGGUACCUUGGAAUGAUACCGCGGGUAAUUUUAAACCACAAGCACAAAUUACUGAUAUUACAUUUACUGGAAAUGGUGGAGGUGGUAAUAUGAUUAUUUCAUUCAAAGAUCGUGAAGGUGAUAGUCAAUCUGUUACUCCAGCAGGUGAUAUGUUGAUAGCAUGUAAAGAUUCAAGUGGCCAAUAUGUAUUAGAAUCAGCAGGUGUAUGUGGAGGUUUAAUUGGAGCUAAUCCAAUCGCAAUUGGUAAUAUGGUCCCUCAAGGUCCUGGAGGUGGUGAAUUUUUUGAUGAUAAUUUCGGAAAUAGAGAUUGGCAACAUGAUGAAACCUCGUGGGGUUCUGCAUUUUAUUUACCCGGUAGCGGUGAACUAAUUGGUGGAUCAUACGAUCUUUUUUCCACAAAUGAAGCUGUAUUAAAACAUUGGAGUUUACAAAAUGGAAGAGUUUUAGGUGGUUUCAUUUUAAUUCAUGGUGCUGGUUUAGAUUUUGUAUUCAAUAAAGUAAAUGGUUUAGGUGAUAUAGAUUCAAACUGUGGUUUACCAAAUACUUAUAUUGGAAAUUAUGUUUGGUUAGAUCAAAAUCAAAAUGGUUUACAAGAUCCAAAUGAAAAGGGUAUUGCAAAUAUAACUAUUCAAUUAUUUGAUACAAAUAACACUUUAGUAAAUAUGACCAGAACAAAUGAAAAUGGAAUAUAUCAAUUCCAAGUUCACUCAGGUUUCCGUUAUAGGGUCCAUUUUGUUUUACCACCAACAUAUCGAUUCACUAUUUCAGUUAUAAACCAAGCAGAUGCAAGACAAGUCGAAGAAAUUAACUCUCAAGUCGAUGAAAAAGGUGAUUAUUAUUUUUAUGCUGAUGGGGAAGGCCAAAACAAUUUAGAUAUAGAUUGUGGAUUAAUUAGGGGUUAAAAAAAAAAAAAAUAGAAAUAAAAAUAAAAAAGAAAUAUAUAUAUAAAUAAAUUUGUAAAAGUUAUUAUUUUUAUUUUUUAUUUU